AUGGUGGCCGCGUCCUACCUCGCUCCUCUCUGGCCCCAGCUCUCCCUCCACUGUGGUCUCCCCAGGGACUUGUUGCUGCCACAGCCAAAGAAGUUAGUCUGGUCCGGCGAGAGGCGCGUGAAGCUUCUGGGCAGGUUGCGGGACCUGGGGUACUAGGCUGACUGACUUUAUAGAGUGUUCCUAGAGAUGUUUGGCUCUUCACGUGGAGGUGUGCGAGGUGGACAAGACCAAUUCAACUGGGAAGAUGUGAAGACUGAUAAACAGAGGGAGAACUAUCUGGGGAACUCUCUGAUGGCCCCUGUGGGCAGGUGGCAGAAGGGCCGGGACCUCACAUGGUACGCCAAAGGCAAGAAAGGCAACGUGGCCCUGAGCCGAGAGGAGGAGCUGGCUGCCGUGCGCCAAGCUGAGCAAGAGGCCCUCCUGGCUGCUUUAGGCUACAAGAACGUGAGAAAGCAGCCCACAGGACUGAGCAAAGAGGACUUUGUGGAGAUCUGCAAGCGGGAAGGGGCCGAUCGUGAGGAGAAGGAUGUGGACCAGCUGUCGGGCCUGGGCAGCUCCAGUGGCUCGGCUGGCCGGGUGAUGCUCUCCAAAGAAGACAAAGAAGCUGCCAAGCUGGGGCUGUCUGUGUUCACGCAUCACAAGGUGGAGAGCAGUUCAGCAGUGAUACCAUCAGCCCCUCCAGUGGCCAAGAGGAAAGCAGACACAAGCAGGCCUGAGAGCCACAAAAAAGGCAAGAAAGAGAAGAAAAAGAAGAAGAAAAAGAAACACAAGAAAGAGAAGAAGAAAGAGAAGCAUUCUAAGAGGGAUUCCUCAUCAUCCUCGCCUUCCCCCUCCCCGGACAGGCGCCGGGCCUCCUCGCCCUCUACUUCCUCUCGGGCACAGGCACCCAGGAGCAGACACACCGCCGACUCCUCUCCCGGGCCCAGGAGGAAGGACCACAGCCCCGAGCCUCAGCCCCGAUCCAAGAGGCGGCGGCACGAUUCCGAUGACUGACCCUGAGCCCUGGGAGGCAGAUGGUACAGUCAGGGAGCCUCCCCUGCCCCUCCCAGGGCCGGAGCCCUCUGCAGUGACCAGAGCAGGGAUGUGGGGGCCUCCCUGGGGGCCGCCUUGUCUCUGCCUGCCUCUCCCCCUCCCCACUUCCCAGGCCAGUCCUCCCAAUAAAGCUGCUGCCUCCGUCCCUGCUUCUCAGGGAGUUUUGGGGCCCCGGCUCCUGCGUGUCAGACCCACCUCCAGAGACACGGGCCCGCUCCGAGUUCCCAGGAGGAGAGCCUGGCUCCUUUUCCUAGCAACAACUGCCUAGACUGGAGGCAGGAAACCUGGGCACGCCAUCCACAUCCCUCAGAUUCAGGUUCUCUGGCCAUAAUCAUGCUUCUUCCUGCCUGCCUCAGAGGCUGUGCCAGUGAAGAGAGUGCCUUGGCGGGCCUCAGGGCUCCCCACCCACGUGGGAUUCCUGACUUCCCCCAGAUCCUGCUGAAGGGCGGCUGAACCACCACAGGCCUUAUAAACCCAGGGAAGAGCCUUCGCCCAGCCACUGCUGCUCUCAUGCCGGCCACUGCUUAGGCCCCGCUCCCUCUCUCCCGCCAGGGGUCUCAGCUGGAUGCUAAUGGCUUCCCCGGCCAGGAGCUUCCCCAGCUGGGCUCUAUGGGGAUUAGCCCCCUUUUAUCAUCCCCAUUUUGCAAGUGAGGAAAUGUUGGGAGGGGGAAUGCCCUGAGAGGGGCCAGGAGCAGCCUGCCUCGCCCAGGACUCUGGUCGGCCCCAGCCGAGUGGGAGGGAAGGAGGCUCAAGAAGGCCCUUAAAGGAGGCCAAAUUGUGAGCAGGAGAGGCCUGGGAGAGCCUCAAGUCCAGGCUUUUUGACCAUUUCUGUGUGGGCCUUCCUUUUGGCAGUCUGCUAAAGAAUGAGGUUUACUUUGAUUUGUUAACUCUCCCCUUGUGGCUUAGAAUCAACACUAUGCCCUGGCUCCCGGGCAGAAGAGUGGGGAGGGCUAGGCCUUGGGGGUGAAGUGACUUGCUCAGGGUCACACAGCUAAGAAGGGUCUGAGGCCACAUUGGAACCCAGGACCUCCAUCCCUAGGCCUGGCUCCCAGUCCACUGAGCUGUCCCCCUUUUAACUUCUCAUAAUCAUGAAUAACUCCUCAGAGUGACUUUUUAAAUUCAUCAGUGAAGAAAAUACUAACUCGGACGUUAGUGAAAAUAAAGAUGUCCUGCCUUUUCCUCGUCCAAGCUCACGAGCCCCGCCCCCAGUCAGUGUGGGGAUGCCAGUUAAGGACUCGGAGCGGGGGAAGGGCAGGAGGAAAGGAGUCCCUCCGACGGCUUCCCGAGGGCUGCCAGAGGCCUGGGGGAGCUCUUCUCGCCAUUAGGCUUUCCUAGUUCCAGGUUCCAGCCCCGUGCUUCCUCCCGCAGUCCCUGCUCCGGAGGUUUCCUGACCCCGAGCUUCACUCUGCAGAGGGGGAGGGGAGGGGACGUGCUGUGCCAGCGUCACAGCAAGCAGCCGAUCUGGGGGUUUGGAUCAGAACCCAAACCUUCUGCAUGGCUUUACAGUGAGGAAGCUCCAGGAAGCCUUCCCUGAUUUCUCCCUGCCAGAAAUGGUGGUUUCCUGCUCGGAAUCACAAGAGCAGCAGGCAGGCUGUUUAAUAGGAAAGAUCACCGCUCCCCUAGAUCGCUGCAGCGCCCACCAGGGGGCGGUAGCGCCCACUUUGGGAAUCACCGAUCUAAAGCAAGAAUCCCAGACCCAGGGCCCCCGCGUCCCUUCCAGCGCUAGAAGCCGUCGGGAUGCUCUGCCGGCCCCCACACAUUCCCCUCCCCCGGGCUCUGGCUCCACAUGGUCCCUCCCAGCCACCCUCGCGGGCCCUAGAAGGACCUAGCCUCCGGCUAGCCCGGGCUCCUUCCCCCAGCCUGGAUGACGGGACUAGGUUCCUGAGGCCUCCACGCCCUGCCCCUUCCCUCUCGAGACCUCUGGAGUACAGACCUGCCUACACGAUUCCCGCCUCCAAAACCUUCCGUGGCUCCCUGUGACCCACCCUAACCAACAGGAAUCUCGAGCUGUGGCCUCGAAGGUCCUUCGCAACGUGCCUCCAACCUUGUCAGGCGUCUCCUCAUGCUACUGGCGGCUAUGUGCUAGCCGCUUGGCUGGGCUUCUUCCUGCCGGCGUCGUGACACCCUCCCUGUCCUCCCGCGGCUUCAGUGACUACCUCUGCGCAGAUGACUCGCAGAUCUCUGCAGGAGCCUCCUGCUUCCGGCUCGUCUCCCAGCCGCCUUUCGACAGCUUCUCUUCUCCCCAAGCCCACUUUCCUGUGGGAGACGGGACCCUCUAGGGAGCCCUUCCUCUCCCGGGUUAUUGGCUCCCUCCGCCUCCAUUAAGUCCAGGUGGGGGCUUGCCUCCAUUAAGUCCAGGUGGGGGCUUCUCCCCAUUCCCCAGGAAGCCGCAGCGGCUCCCUGUCACCUCCGAGGGGAAAAGAUCCUCGGGCUCCCAAGGCCUUCCCAGCCCUGGCCGCGCCUCUCUCCGGUCUUCCUGCCCUCUCCUCUUUCCCAGGCUCCCCACUGGUCGCGCCUUCUGCCAGGGAACCCUUCUGCUUAGCACACGUCUAGUCCCAGGGCCGUGCCUAAUAAAAUGUUUGUAGAUUGAC